UAUUAGAACAGCAUUCCUUUCCGCUUUCCGAUCUCGUCCAAUGAGAUACCUUCUUUAACUCCAGACUAUCCGCACCGUAAUACAAUGUUCAUUGAUUGUGUUUGUCUAUGGUAGUUAGUGCUUGUGUGUGUACUCCACGCGCUCGGCAGCCAUUUUGGGCGACUGUUGAGUAUGGCUAACGCUCAAAAAGACGAAAAUAAUGAUGCUUGGGCACUCUUAGCAUUAAAAUCGGCCCCUGCAAGUCCAUCUAAGGUACAAUGGAGUCCAGAACCAAAAGCUGCAGCGAUUGCGAGGUUAGAAGGACGGGAAUUCGAAUAUAUGAUCCGGCAGUAUCGCAUAACUAUUGGACGCAAUAGCCGAGUUGGAGAAGUAGAUGUAAACAUGGGUCAUUCCAGCUUUAUUUCUAGAAGACAUUUAGAAAUAACUUUUGAAAGUCCGCAUUUCUUCAUGAUCUGCAAUGGGAAAAACGGCGUUUUCGUUGAUGGCGUAUUUCAAAGAAAAGGUGCUCCUCCGUUUCAACUUUCGAAAACGUGUGUAUUCAGAUUUCCAAGUACAAACAUAAAGAUUAUGUUUCAGUCGCUGAUUGAUGAAAAUAAUCCACCAUUCCAUUCUCGAAUAACAGAAUCUCCAUGUAAACCAAUGGCUCCUUUACGCAUUAGUAUUCCUGAGCACGAAGGAAAUCUUUCAAGUCCUAUACCAUCACCUACCGGAACAAUUAGUGCUGCUAAUUCAUGUCCUACAAGUCCCCGUGGUGGAUCCCGUCGCAAUUUCGGUAAUGACUUGCAGAUUGCUGCUGUUUAUGCAGUUGCUGCCUCUUCUACUGAUGAGAAAAAAGUUAAAUCUGAACCAGUUCCUUCUUCAAGCCUGGCUUCCCAAGCACCAGGGCCCCAAGUAUCACUAGUGACGGAAACUGUUGUCACAACAGAGCCAAUUAGUAAUGCAAGAGAUGAUCAAAAACCACCAUUCUCAUAUGCGCAAUUGAUUGUUCAAGCUAUAUCUUCAGCACCUGAUAAGCAAUUGACACUGAAUGAAAUUUAUUCAUAUAUCACUAAACAUUAUCCAUUUUAUAGAACUGCAGACCGAGGUUGGCAGAACUCUAUAAGACACAAUCUUUCAUUGAAUCGACAUUUUGUAAAAGUUCCCCGACCUCAAGAGGAACCGGGUAAAGGCAGUUUUUGGAGAAUUGAAGCUCAGUCAGAAUCUAAAUUAAUAGAACAAGCUUUCAGACGCAGGCGGCAGAGAGGUGUGCCGUGUUUUAGGGCUCCAUAUGGUGGACUCUCAUCUAGGUCUGCUCCUGCAUCUCCCAGUCACAGUGGCGUAAGUGGACUAGUCACACCAGACUCCUUGUCUCGUGAGCCCAGUCCUGCUCCUUCAGAUCAAACUGGUGAAUCAAUGGAUACCCUUACUCAAUCUACACCUGCUGUAAUCACUCAGCCAGCAUACAUAGCUUUGGCUCAUGAUAUACAAAUUAGCCAUACCACACCAGGACCAAUUCAUACUGUUGAAGUUGUUAGUACUUCUCCAUCACAACCUGCAACAUCAGAGCAAACUAUUCUAACUAAUGGAAUUUUGAUCAAUGGCUCGCAUACAAAUGGUAUUAAAGUGGAAAAUAGUGACAAAUCCAAUCAAAACAUGAUAUCUACUGUGAAACCUCGAAUCCUGGUUUGUGGCCAAAAGAUUCAAACUCCAGAUUCCCAACAGCAAGCUACUGUUAUAGUUCAGGCUCCCUCAUCUGGUAUUACUGGAUUCCCUUCAAAUGUUUUGACAGUUGUCACUUCAAUCCCUGCAUCUUCAACAGAUAAUUCAUCUAAUGUAUAUAGCAAUGCAACUUUCCUCGCACCCCAACCUAUAACUGAAGAUUCUUCUCAAGGAGUAGCCAAAUCUGUGAAGCGUGUAAUCCCCACCACUAAUGAGAUUGGAAAUGCAACCAACAGUCAAGAAAGCAACAGCGAUAAUACAGAAACCAAGAGGCCAAAAGGUGAAUCCAGUUCAUAAAGCUCUUCUCCAUUAACGAAAUUUAAUUCAACUUACAAGCCCCCCUCCUGUUGUGUUACAUGUGUAAUAGUUCAUAACUUUGUUGUGGCACCACUAGGAGGUAAAACUUGAUGAUUUUCUCUUGUCUAUAAAUUCCUUUCAGUUUUUCGAAUUGUAAGGAAAAAGUAAUGUCUGUGUAUCUGUGUGUAUAUAUAGUAUAUGAGGACAAACUGAGCUUAUGUUCUUUGAGCCAGAGCUGCUAUUGUGCAGUCAUUUAUGCUUGAAUUCAAAGCCAUCAAUCACAUCCAUGAUUCUGAUGCACAUAAUGGAAAAAUUUAUAGUCAUUGAAUUCAUUAUGAUGUGUAGAUAAAUGUAAAAUACUCUGUAGUUUUUUUUGUCUAAUUUUCUACAUAAAUUUUGAAUUUAUUUCUGUUGUAUUAUAAAUUUUAUUUUGUUUUCUUCCGUGAUAUGUUAGUGACAUAUUUGUGAUAAUUUUGUUUUGUCACGCAUUUAAAAAAAAAAAAAAAGAAAUCGAGAUCAGAAUUGUCUCCAAAAUGAGAAUUGUCAUCUUUUUAUUUAUGUUUUGUAUCAUUAUUCAUUAUAAAUAAAACAUUAUCACUAUAUUUUUAAAAAUAUCGUAUUGGUUUAAGAUCAGAAAAAAAUAAGUGGAAUUAUUAAGGUUUCACAUGAAUGUUUAUAUAAUCAUUCCACUGGAAGCAUUUUUUUUAGCCAUAAAUUUCAAUAUUUGAGACUUAAAAAUCUUUUUUGAAAAAAGAUUCAAGCUGUAUAUUAGUUAUUUAUCAAAUUCUUUGUUUAUAAUAUUAACUUAUAUGAUAUGUUAAUGACUUCUGAUAACUUGAAAUAAUCUUGAUUUCAUUGUAUUGCUAAAUAGUUGAUAAAUAACCAAAGUAAAAUUUUUGUUAAAAGACAGCGGUGAAGUGUGAAAUAUAAAUUUAAAACAAUUUUUAUUCACUCUUUUGACCCUGCAGAAUUUUAUGUCAGAAGGGGCUUGAGUAGUUAAUUUUAAUUGAAUUUUAAACAUUUUUAAAUGUUUUUGCUUCUGAAUUUUAAGAAUUUGAAACUCCUUUUCUUCAUCAAAGGAAUAUAGCGAGUUUUCAUUAUUCAUACAUUUAUUUCUGAAGUACAACUACAUUAACCUCUUUUGAUACCCUUUUUAUCUGCUGAAUGUGUUUAAAUGUUUAUAAAACUUUCUUUUCGAUAAUAUUUUGAAUUUCUGAAAUAAUGUAAUUUCUGUCUUUCUGUGACUUGAAUGAAUUUGUAAAAACUGGAAAUGAGAUUAAAUCUUACUGAAAAAAGGAAAGGAAUUGAGCAUCUGUAAGAAACAAAUGUCUGUGUAAAGUGUUUUUGUAUUGAUGAUUGCAUUAAUUUUGGAGUUUCUAAAAAUAUGGUAAAUUAAUAUUUUCAGUUUAUAUUUCUUUAAUUUUUAAUUUUUUUUUUAAAUAUAAGAUGGCAAGUAAGUUAAGCAAUAUGCUUUGCUAACUGAAUUCACUUUUGUUGAAUAUUAAGGUUGUUUUAAAAAUAAAUCUAUAUUUAUACUAAAAAAAUAUAUUCAGUUACAAAGGAAAUGCUGUGAGCAUUUUAUUUUACUGGCUUAAUACAUUGCAUAUAUUUUCUGUAUGCUAGAUUGGAGACUUUUAUUUUGGUUGCAUUUUUGCAUAUUCAUUUGUUAUGUAGAUAAAUGUUACAUAAAUUGUGUCUUUGCCACUUUAUAUAAAUAUUUUUUGUUUCUGUAAAUUUCACUAAAGCAAUUUUCAUGUUAUUGCGUGUGCAUAUAAAAUAGAACGAAAAUAAAGUAGGUAUUUCAAUUUGCA